UUAUCUUCCAGGGACGGGUGUUCAAUUGAGGCCAUGAUACAUCUCAACUCGUCUCUUUCGCUUGCAAGCUCGUCGCCCCCUCGCAUUAUCGAAGUUGGAACAGGCUACGCCGCAUUGAAGCAUUUUUUAACGAUCGGACAUUGCAUCCGCCGUGCCAGUGCAUUUCAUUGAGCCUUUGAUCAGACGUAUAUUGUGUGAAUUAACCCGCCAAUAAUAGUAGCACUAUGGAGGAAGAUAGGUCCAGACGGCCGAGAGCAAUUGUAGGUUCUGCCACGAUCAAUUUGUUGCAGUCCGAAGCGACCGGCGCCAGAGUUGUGACAGGGGGGCCCACGUCCCCAAAUCGUAGCUCUAGAGAGAGAACUGAGGCAUGGACGACCUCCCCUACAAGGCGAAUUUCGGGAGAAGACAUCCCUGGAGAAGGGAUACGACGACGUAGCACUGCUUUCUCACGACGUGCUGGAGGCGGUGUGCCCAGCUUAACAGCGCGGACCUCACUGGCCGAGAGAACGCAGGGAAAGUUUACCAUGGCUGGCCCUGACGAGACGCCUCAGUUGCGAACUGCCCAUGAACCAUUUGUUCAGCCAGGCUACAGUGAUCUCAAUCCAUCAUAUGACCAGCCAGCCAACACAAAGCCUGUAUGGAGUUUGGCCAAGCCGUUACCACGCGUAGUGCGGCCAGGCAUGGUGCCAACCAAGGACGAGCUGUUGCAAGCUCGUGCAAAUGCACAGCUCCCCGCUGAGAAUUCACAGAAGCUAGGCCUUGACGUUGAUCCCAACGAACUCGAGCAGGGUCGGAUUGAUAAGACGGCAGAUCCGCGCAAGAUGGCUGCCCAGGUUAAGGAUGCUCGAUUACAGCGUGAGACAAACUUCAUGAAUAAAAUUCUUACCGGUGAUACAGAGUUGUUGAGACAAUCUUCACGCUUAUCUCGAACGUCAUCCGUUCAACGAUCUCGCCCUCCCGGAUGGGAUAUUGUGGUUGAUGAUCACUUGUCAAUUGUUCCAGAAAGUGACACCCACACAGAGGGUGAAGCUCAAGGCCAGCACGAACUAAGCGAUGAAUAUCUCCAGGGUGGCCAUGAAGACUCCGGUUCAAAUCCAGUUCUGGAACGUCCAGCAGACAAGAUAACAAAAAUUCCAAGCCUGGAUGAAGCUGCAUACCCGGACGACCUACACCCGCUUGUGCAGGACCUUGUGGAAGUUGAGGUGCACAACAACCACACUACCUGGUCUGUGAUUCGCACGCACCACCGUGAAGCUUUGGCUGAAUCGCUAGCUGUAUUUGUUCAGCUGACCAUUGGCUUCUCUGCUGAUCUUGCUGUUACUAUAGCAAAGGCUGGCAAUCCCAAUACCACAGAUUGGGCCUGGGGCUUCGCCACCAUGAUGGCCAUCUACCUUUCAGGUGGUGUUUCUGGCGCCCACCUCAACCCAACCAUAACCGUCAUGCUCUGGUUCUAUAGAGGUUUUCCUAAGCGCAAAAUGCCCGAAUACUUCAUGGCCCAGUUCAUUGGCGCUUUCUGUGCCGCUUUAGCUGCGUAUGGGAUUUAUUAUCAGUCAAUCCAUCAGUGCCUUAUCUCCAACGCAAAUUCAAGUGCAGAUAUCAUCAACAGUUUUGUGACCAGUCAACGUGAGACAUGGAUUGACCCUGCCACAGCAUUCUGGAAUGAGUUCCUAGGAACUGCCAUCUUGACUGUGGUCAUUUUAGCACUCGGUGAUGACCAGAACGCCCCUCCAGGUGCUGGCAUGAACUCUCUUAUCAUUGGCCUUGUAAUCACCUGUCUGAGUAUUGCCUUUGCAUACCAAACCGGGGCUGCAUUCAACCCUAGCCGUGACUUUGGGCCGCGACUCGCUCUUCUUGCGCUCGGGUAUGGAAAACAGCUAUUUACCAAUCCUUAUUGGUUCUACGGGCCGUGGGCGGGCUCUUUGAGUGGUUCGUUUCUUGGCGCCUUUUUGUAUGACUUUAUGGUAUUCACUGGUGGCGAAUCUCCUGUCAACUAUCCCCUCGAGAGGACUCAGAGAUCUCUUAAGAAAAGCCGUACGAAGUGGGAACGUAGACUGAACGUUGCCCGCGAAAAGAUGAUAGACAGGAUAUCCCCGUGAGCAGGAGAGCAUUUCACUGCGGAUGAAAGGCCGCGCUGCUUUUAAACAACUUUACUGAAUGGUCGUUUCCUC